AUGUUGGAUAUGCUUUCAGAAGUAGAAUAUUGUCAAAAGAUGAUUAAUACAGAGUUUCAAAAACCACUUAAAAUGACAGAAGAGGAGGAAGAAUUAUUCAAAGGAUCUGAUAGAUGUUAUAUUUGUGGUCAUAAAUAUGUAGAUAAUGAGAUAAAAGUUCGAGAUCCUUGUCACAUUACUGGAAAAUAUAGAGGAUCAGCACAUGAAGAAUGUAAUUUGAAAUUAAAGUUAGAUGCAAGUAAAUUAAAGGUGCCAGUUAUAUUUCAUAAUUUACGUGGAUAUGAUUCUCAUUUUAUAAUGCAAAAAAUUGGAUCAAUUGGAAAAAGUAAUAAUUUAAGUAUUAAUUGUAUUCCAAAUAACAUGGAAAAAUAUAUGGCUUUUAUGCUUGGUAAACAUUUAGUAUUUUUGGAUAGUUUUCAAUUUAUGGCAAGUAGUCUGGAGAGAUUGGUUGAUAAUUUACCAGGUGAUGCAUUUAAAUAUACAAGUCAAGUAUUUCAAAAUGAGAAAUUAGAAUUGAUGAAAAAGAAAGGUGUAUAUCCUUAUGAUUAUAUGGAUAGUUGGCAGAAGUUUAGUGAUCAAAAGCUGCCAGAAAAAGAUGAAUUUUAUAGUUUACUAACAGAUGAAAAUAUAUCUGAUGAGCAAUAUAAACAUGCUCAAAAAGUUUGGCAGACUUUUCAUAUGAAAACAAUGGGUGAUUAUCAUGAUUUAUAUUUGCAGUCGGAUAUUCUUUUAUUGGCGGAUGUUUUUGAGAAUUUUCGUAAAACAUGUCAUCAAUAUUAUGCAUUAGAUCCUUGUCAUUAUUUUACAUCUCCAGGUUUAAGUUGGGAUGCAAUGUUGAAAAUGACUGGUAUAAAAUUAGAGCUUAUGACAGAUAUUGAUAUGUUUCAAUUUAUAGAAAAGGGCUUACGUGGUGGUAUUUCAUAUAUUGCUAAUCGAUAUGGAAAAGCGAAUAAUAAAUAUAUGAGUGGUUAUAAUCCAGAAGAACCCAACAAUUAUAUCAUGUAUUUAGAUGCUAAUAACUUGUAUGGAUGGGCGACGAGUCAAUAUUUACCAACAGGAGGUUUUAGGUGGAUGACUGACAAACAAAUUCAAAAAUUGAAUAUAAAUGUAUGUAGAGAAGACCGCAAAAAAGGUAUGAUAUUAGAAGUAGAUUUAGAAUAUCCAAAAGACUUACAUGACAGACCUAAUGAUUAUCCUUUAGCUGCGGAAAAAAUGAAAGUUAGCAAAGACAUGCUAUCACCAUAUCGUCAAGAUAUUCAGAAGCAGUUUGGUAUAAGUAUUGGUCAGGUUUCAAAGUUAAUUCCAACAUUAUCAAGUAAAAAGAAUUAUGUGUUACAUUAUCGAAAUUUACAAUUAUAUUUAUACCUUGGUUUAAAAUUAAAGAAAGUACAUCGAAUAUUAGAAUUUGAUCAAUCACCCUGGCUGGCGAAGUAUAUAAAUUUUAACACGGAAAAGAGGAUGAAUGCGAAGAAUGCAUUUGAGAAGGACUUUUUCAAAUUAUUAAAUAAUUCAGUAUUUGGAAAAACGAUGGAAAAUAUCAGAAAACGUGUCGAUGUCAGAUUAGUAACUGAUAAAAAGAAAUUAUCCAAAUCGGCAAGCAAACCGACAUUUGUUAAUACUAAAAUAUUCAGUGAAGAUCUUGUUGCAGUUCAUAAACGAAAAGAAAUAUUAAAACUUGAUAGACCAGCUUAUGUAGGAAUGUGUAUUUUAGAUUUAUCAAAGACUCUAAUGUAUGAAUUUCACUAUAGUUAUAUUAAAAGAAGAUAUGAGAAUAAAGCGAAAUUAUUAUUUACAGAUACAGAUAGUCUAUGUUAUGAGAUCCAAACAAAAGAUAUUUAUAAUGAGCUUUGGGAAGAUAAAGAAUUAUUUGAUAAUAGUGAUUACCCAAAAGACAGUCAAUAUUAUAGUUCUGAAAAUAAAAAAGUGAUAGGUAAAUUUAAGGAUGAAGCGGCGGGAAUGCCAAUUAAAGAAUUUAUUGGGCUAAGACGUAAGAUGUAUUCAUAUGUGAAAGAAAAUAAUAAAAAUGAGAAGACGGCGAAAGGAAUCAGAAAAUAUGUGAUAAAAAAAGAGAUAACACAUGAGAAUUAUAAAGAUUGUUUAUUUAAUCGUAAACAACUAUUACAUAAGAUGAAUACGAUUAGAUCAAAUAGGCAGUUAUAA